UGGGGCAAAGAAAUCCAGGUUGAGGCAGUCUUCUGAGAUGACUGAAACAGACGAGGAGAGCGGCAUAUUAUCCGAGGCUGAGAAAGUCACCACGCCUGCCAUCAGGCACAUCAGUGCUGAGGUGGUGCCCAUGGGGCCCCCGCCCCCUCCAAAGCCAAAGCAGACCAAGGAUAGCACUUUCAUGGAGAAGUUGCAUGCUGUGGAUGAGGAGCUGGCUUCCAGUCCAGUCUGUGUAGACUCUUUCCAGACCAUGGAUGACAGCCUCAUUGCAUUCCGAACCCGUUCUAAGAUGCCCCUAAAAGAUGUUCCCCUGGGGCAACUAGAGGCCAAGCUCCGAGCUCCAGAUAUCACCCCAGACAUGUAUGACCCCAAUACAGCAGAUGAUGAGAACUGGAAGACGUGGCUAGGGGGACUCAUGGAUGAU